UAUAUAUAGGUUUCCUUUUCUCUCUCUCAAAACCUAAAAUCAAGAGAAUAGUUUUGGAAGAGAUCUUAUGGCAACAGCACAGAGACACAAUGACGAGGAGGAAGAGGCUCAGAUCCCAAAAACAGAGUUUGAAACAUCUUCUGAAGUUGAGUCAGACAAAAAAGCAGAGAGAUCCACCACCAAACUUGACAAGCAAGCUAUUCCCAAGCAGAAAAGUCCUAAUCUGACAAAGGAAGAGAAGACAAUAAGGGAUAGUUACUUUUAUUGCUGCCAGAAUUUCUUUACCCUUCCCGAGAUGAUCGAUUACAUGAAGGUGAAUCAUGGUUUGCCAAAGACCACUGUGACCAAUGUUUUCAGGGAACUUUUAACCGGUCGCAAUGGUGAAGCUUAUCUGAGAGCUUCACAGAGAAGAGGUCUUCAGAGGAGUAGUAAUGGUACAACAAGUGGUAGUGUAGGUUCUUCUUCUUCGACUAAGUAAGUAGUGCUUGCUUUAUUAUUUGGAUUAUGAUAUCCACAAACUCAUGUUGCUUUUCUUUGAUUCGAUUUGGAUUUUUGUAAGGUUUUUGUUUACAUUUUAUUAAGGAUUCAAUUUCAUAUU